AUGAGUGACCUAGACCGGGCGAUUGAGCAGCUGCGGGCCUGUCGCCUGAUCCCGGAAAGCCAAGUCCGCGAACUGUGCUACAAGGCGCGCGAGCUCUUAAUCGAGGAAGGGAACGUUGUGUCCGUCGACGCACCCGUCACCAUCUGCGGCGAUAUCCACGGCCAGUUCCACGAUUUGAUGGAACUCUUCCGCGUCGGCGGCGACGUCCCCGAUACAAAUUACUUAUUCAUGGGCGAUUUCGUCGACCGUGGCUUCUACUCCCUCGAAUCCUUCCUCCUUCUCCUCUGUCUGAAAGUCCGCUACCCCGAUCGCAUCACCCUGAUCCGCGGCAACCACGAGUCCCGUCAAAUCACAACAGUAUAUGGCUUCUACGACGAGUGUAUUCGCAAGUACGGCAGCGCCAACGUAUGGCGGUACUGUUGCGAAGUAUUCGACUACCUGGCUCUGGGCGCGAUCGUGCUCGGCGCGAGCUCAGAGUUGGAACCCACCAACACGGGUCCAGCCAACGUUCCGAUCGAAGAUAGCGAGCUAGAAACAGAAGUCCUUGACUCCAGCGGUCAUGUCACGAUGAGCACUUACCGCCCACGACGGCGUGCAUUCUCCAACGCAUCCACAGAUUCCCGAAACAUCUCCCCGCCACGGGAUAUCGCUGCCGCCCCGGGCCAGACUGGCGUACCCUCACGAACCGGUGCACCAGGGACAGGCGCCAGCGGUGACGGAAACGGCAGCGCCGCGAACAGUCGCACCGGAGCGGUCCUCUGUGUACACGGUGGACUAUCACCGCUCAUCGACUCUGUCGAUAAGAUCCGACUGAUCGACCGCAAACAAGAAGUGCCGCACGAAGGCGCCAUGUGCGAUCUGCUCUGGUCAGACCCUGAUGAGAUCGAAGGUUGGGGACUAAGUCCCCGUGGGGCUGGGUUCCUGUUUGGCGGCGAUAUUGUCAAGCAGUUCAACCAUCUAAACGGCUUGUCUCUUGUUGCGCGUGCCCACCAGCUUGUGAUGGAGGGAUACAAGGAGAUGUUUGAUGGUGGCAUUGUCACUGUCUGGUCUGCUCCCAAUUACUGUUACCGUUGCGGUAAUGUUGCCGCCAUCUUGGAGCUGGGCGAGGACGCCAGUGGCGGUGGUACUGUCGCUCGUAGCAAUGGUGAAUAUGGCCGGAGCAAUGGAAUCAUGUCGGACAGUAGGGUUGUCAGUCCUGGAAGAAGGUACCGUGUCUUUGAGGCUGCGGCGCAGGAUACAAGGGGCAUGCCUGCGAAGAAGCCUGUUGCUGAUUAUUUCUUGUGA